AUGAAAAACCCUAAUAUUGAUCCAUUAGCGGGAAACAUUACAAACAGCAUCGAUCAAUUAGCGGGAAACAUUACAAACAGCAUCGAUCAAUUAGCGGGAAACAUUACAAACAGCAUUGAUCAAUUAGCGGGAAACAUUACAAACAGCAUUGAUCAAUUAGCGGGAAAUAUUACAAACAGUACACGUCAUAUUCUAGAUUACAAACAAACACUGAUUAAGCUCGGUUUGACUCUCAUUUUGCCGUUAGCCAUCGGCCAGUGUAUUCAGCUAAUUUGGAGUGAUCGCCUAAAAUUACUCAUCCCCAAAUUGAAACUUGCAAAAGUGUCGAGUGUGGCUUUAUUAUUCAUUUUAUGGUGUGUAUUUUGCAAUGCCUUCGCUAACAAAUCGUUUGAACGCAUUUCUAAAAUUGAUUUUCUACUACUAAUCACCAUUGACAUUGUCCUGUACAUUGGCUUCUCGAUUAUCCUCACGGGUAUUGCUCGAAUACCGAUUGAAUAUUGGCAGUUCUCACGAAAAGACACAGUGGCUAUCGUUUAUUCAAGUAUAUCAAAAACCAUAGGGAUGGGUAUUCCGUUGAUCAAUGCUCUCUAUGGUGGACAAGAUGCUCAAAUAGUGGCGCUGUUAGCACUACCCGUCAUUAGUUAUUACAUUAUCCAACUCAUCCUGGGCUCAAUUCAAACUGUGUUAUUUCAGCAUUGGCUCAAACGAGAUAAAGCACCUCAAAAAGGGCUUAUUACAUUCCCACCUAAUAUGCUUAAACUUAUUAUCGAAAAGCAAAAGAUAGUAACUUUUGUGUAG